AUGCUUGUCAUUUUUUUCGCAGUAUCAAAUAUAAUAUUUAAUCUAAAUGCGCAAUAUGUUGGCAUACCACACAUAGCAGCUGAUAUUAAAGCUGUAUUAAAACAUUCACUUGAAUUAAAAUGUGAAUAUACAGGAAAUGAUGGCAAUGGUGAAUUUAUUGGUUGGUAUAAAGAUGGUGUAGCUGUAACUACUGAAAAACCCGGUCAUUAUGUGGUCAUGCAGGAUGCGACGUAUUCAACUCUUGUAAUAAAAAUUUUCGUAAAAUCUGAUGAAAAUAUUACAGUUUGGCAAGUUAAAACAAAGAAAAAUGGUACUGAAGAACCAAGUCAAUGUCGAUUUGGUCAAAUACGACUUAAACCAUCACCACAAGGUAUAAAAACAAAUCGAAAUAAUGAAAAAAUUGAAUCUACUCAUGGAUCAAUACGACGAAGUGAAGAUAAAUUAGUUCAUUUAAAAUGUAUUAUUGAUCCUGAACCAAUUGAUCCAAAUGAGAUUGAUAUUCAAUGGGACUUUAGUAAAGAUGGUCAUUCAUUUUCUAAUUUACCUUCAGGAAUCAAUAAAGUAGACAAUGAAUUAGUCAUUGAAAAAGUUAAAAAAAUUCAUAAUGGUUAUUAUCGUUGUUCACUCAAUGAUGUUUCAUUUACAGUUUUAUUACGUGUUAAAGAUCGAUUAGCAGCACUUUGGCCAUUUAUUGGUAUUGUAAGUGUUGUUCUUGUUCUUGUUAUUAUUAUCUUAAUCUUUGAAAAACGUCAAAAAUCGAACAAGAAAACUUCUACAGAUGAUGAUGAACAAGAUCAAGUAAAUGAUCCACUUGUACGAACAACAACAAAUACAUCAGAGAAUGAUAAUAAAAAACGUACAGCCAAUGCAUAA